CGCAGGACGCGAAGACGACCCACCACCGCCCCCGCCCCCGCCCCGAAAUUACGGCCGCACGCCUCGCCGCCGGCGAUCCCGCCGACCGUCGUCGGCCCCCGCGCUUCGUUCGCCCCGGCGGCGUGCCCGUGCCCACGAGGACGCCGCUCGCCGGCGCGGGCUGAGGAGCGCCGGCCGCGGCGGCGGCGGCAGCGGCGAUGGGGAACUCGCUGGGGUGCUCCGCGUCCGGCGAGCGGCUGGUGUCCGCGGCGCGGGACGGGGACGCCGUCGAGGCGCGCAUGCUGCUCGAGCUCAGCCCGGCGCUCGCGCGCUACUCCACCUUCGGCGGCCUCAACUCCCCGCUCCACUUCGCCGCCGCCAAGGGCCACCUCGACAUUGUGACGCUGCUGCUGGAGAAGGGCGCGGAUGUGAACGCGCGGAACUACUGCGGCCAGACUGCGUUGAUGCAUGCGUGUCGGCAUGGACACUGGGAGGUGGUUCAGAUGCUUCUGCUCUUCAGAUGCAAUGUUACCAGGGCGGAUUACUUGAGUGGUCGAACGGCAUUGCACUUUGCAGCGCACGACGGACUUGUUCGGUGUGUAAGGCUGUUACUUGCUGACUUCAUCCCGAGCGGGCCCUUGGACGACACUGCCUCUUCGGUUGCAGAUGGCGGUGAUUCUCAGGCGAAUAGCGGCAGCAGCCCUACUUCUUCACUGGGAUUAAAGUUCAAUGAACCUGCUCGUGUGAGGUACAUCAACAAACCUGCUGAUGGCGGUGUUACAGCUCUUCACAUGGCAGCUUUGAAUGGCCAUUUCGAUUGCAUGCAAUUGUUGAUUGAGUUAGGUGCUAAUGUCUCGGCUGUCACAUUUCCCUACGGAACUACAUCGAAUUUGAUAGGAGCUGGCAGUACUCCUUUGCAUUACGCAGCUGGCGGGGGGAGUCUGGAGUGUUGCCAGGUACUUCUUUCAAAAGGUGCUAGCAGGUUGACACUCAACUGCAAUGGGUGGCUUCCCAUGGAUGUUGCUAGGAUAUUUGGACGCCGUUGCUUGGAGCCAUUACUUUCUCCAAAUUCACACACGAUUAUUCCAGCAAUUCAGCCAUCCAGUUAUCUUGCGUUGCCACUGAUGAGCAUACUUAAUAUAGCCAGAGAAUUUGGGUUGCAACACACCGUAUCCUCUGUGGAUGAUAGUGACCUUUGUGCAGUUUGCCUGGAGCGAUCUUGCUCUGUAGCUGCUGAAGGCUGUGGUCAUGAGUUCUGCAUCAAAUGCGCUCUUUAUCUUUGCUCAACGAGCAACGUUCGUGUGGAGUUUACAGGCCCAGCUGGGUCGAUCCCAUGCCCUCUCUGUCGGAAUGGAAUCAUGUCGUUCACCAAGCUACCGAGCACACUGACAGAAGGGCUCAAAUCAAGCUCAGCACUCACAUUCUGCAAUCCAUGCAUUUUGAAUACCCGUUCUGUGGACUCCCCAGCAACUGUCUGUAAAGCUGAAAUCAGGCGCAACCGUGUGGCAGCUCUCUCUUCCGAGUUGGUCUGUCCACUGACCUGCAGCCCAUUUCCGUCGUCCGCCCUCCCAACAUGCAGGUGCAGUGACGACGAUCCAUGCGGCUCAACAGAAACGCUGGAUGGCUCCGAGGCGCAAUCUCCACGGCCCUCGCACAGCACGAGCGCAGAGCUGGAUAAGAGGGGAGAGCAGGAUGUUGACCGGACCACUUGCUCAGGCAUGUUCUGGAGUCGCAGAAGCUGUCAGAGGGAACAGCAGUGCAAUGCCGAAAUCAACGCUUGAUUCCUCCUUACCUGGUUGUGAAUAUAUUUGGAUUGAUAGCAGCUCAAUGCGGGAGAUGAUCGGCGGUUAUUCUUUCCUCCCCGGCUGUGUUUCUUUUUCUCCCGUUUUACGGCCAAGAUUUUGGUGUUUUGGUGAUCGAUCCUGCAGCUUUUGGCUGCCGUAGUUUUCACUGUAUUGUUGUAACAUUUGGCUCACAUCUGUUGUGUAAUGUCAUACGAGCCUGUGAGUGAGUCUAGAUCAUAGCCUGGAAGUCACCAGCCAGUUACUGCUCUUUGUAGCUGCAUGUAAAUUACACGGUUUGGAUGGGCAUUUGCUUCUUCUGAUCCUGAUGAUAUAAGAUUCUAUGUAAAAUGACAUCAAAUCACUCCCUAAUGAUAUAUAGAUUAUGCCACAA